AUGAAUAAGUUUUAUAUUCAAAUUGUUUUCUUUCUUUUAAUCAUCUCCCUAUGUGUGGAUAAUAAAACCCAUGAAACUGAGCUUGCUCCAGAAAAAUAUACAAUGCCCCAAUCAAAAAAAUAUACAAAACCCAAAUCAAAAAAAUAUGCAAAAUCCAAAUCAACAAAACGUUAUCUUACUUCAGAAGAAAUAUAUGAAAAAAACAAGCACCUAUUACGUCAUACACUUAUUAAAAAAUGUGAAUACACAGUUGAUGACCCGAAUAAGUAUAAUGAAUUAGUAAACAUGUUUUGGGAUCCCGAUAGUAGCGAUUAUUUGUAUGCAGGCUCGGUUAAAAGAAAAAUUGUCCGUGUAUACAGUCCAAAUUUAGUAAUGAUACAACAACGUUCCAAAAGUCAGCUUUUGAGGCGUCAGAAAUAUUUUUAUGCUUUAGCUGCAAAUUUUAAAAUAUCAGAAAACAAAACUAUAAUUGUCAUGGCUUCAGCAAAUAUAAAUGAUCACAACCGUAAAAAUGUGAAAUUAUUUCGAAACACAAUUAUAGAAAAUCCAAAUUCAUUCAAAGCUGACAUUGAUUCUGAAGAUGAUAUUAGAAAUGGAAGAUUACAAAAAAUGUUCGUUAACUUAAAUGGAUAUAUUGUUGAAAAAAAAAACGGCCGUGUUUAUAUCACUUAUAUCAACUCUGUUGAUGAAUAUGAUUCCAUUUAA